AUGAUUGAAAAUCUGCUUGGCCUCGGGCAGGCCUUACGGGUUUUCUUACUCUCUUUUCCUAUCUUUCUUAAUUCCUUAUUUUCUUUUUUUGAUAGUGCCUGUCUGCCUUUCUUUCUUUCUUUCUUUCUUUCUUUCUUUCUUUCUUUCUUUCUUUUCCUCAACAGAAAAAAAACUAAAUCUGUAAACGUGAAGGUUUUUCUUUCUUUCUUUCUUUCUUUCUUUCUUUCUUUCUUUCUUUCUUUCUUUUCCUCAACAGGAAAAAUCUGUAAACGUGAAGGUUUUUUCUUUCUUUCUUUCUUUCUUUCUUUCUUUCUUUCUUUUCCUCAACAGAAAAAAUCUGUAAACGUGAAGGUUUUUUCUUUCUUUCUUUCUUUCUUUCUUUCUUUCUUUCUUUCUUUCUUUUCCUCAACAGAAAAAAAACUAAAUCUGUUUUUUCUUUCUUUCUUUCUUUCUUUCUUUCUUUCUUUCUUUUUUUCUUUCUUUCUUUUCCUCAACAGAAUAAAACUAAAUCUGUCUUUCUUUCUUUCUUUCUUUUCCUCAACAGAAAAAAUCUGUAAACGUGAAGGUUUUUUCUUUCUUUCUUUCUUUCUUUCUUUCUUUCUUUCUUUCUUUCUUUCUUUUCCUCAACAGAAAAAAACUAAAUCUCUAAACGUGAAGGUCUUUCUUUCUUUCUUUCUUUCUUUCUUUCUUUCUUUUUCUUUCUUUUCCUCAACAAAAAAAAAACAAACUAAAUCUGUAAACGUGAAGGUUUUUCUUUUCUUCUUUCCUUCCUUCUUUCUUUCUUUCUUUCUUUCUUAA